GAAAUAAACAUGGAUGAAGAGCCAAGCCAUGGCAGAAAAAUGGACACUAAAAAUGGUGGAAGUGGCGGAGAGAUAAAAUAUCGAGGCGUCCGAAGGCGGCCGUGGGGCAAGUUCGCUGCGGAGAUACGCGAUUCUGCUCGACAGGGGGCUCGGGUAUGGCUAGGGACAUAUAACACAGCUGAAGAUGCAGCAAGAGCUUAUGAUAGGGCAGCUUAUUCAAUGAGAGGUCAUUUAGCUAUACUUAAUUUUCCUGAGGAAUAUAAUUUGCCUUGUAGCUCUUCACAUUUUUAUUCUGGUUCUUCAUCAUCAAGGGAAGUUCUUGAAUUUGAAUGUUUGGAUGAUAAGUUGUUAGAGGAACUUCUUGACUGUGAUGAGCAAAACAAGAGGAAAUAAAGAUGACCUCAAUGUUCUGGUCUCUAUUUUCACUAUGAAAAAUUGAGCUUUUUAAUUACCUAAAAUCACAUUAUUCUGUUCCUUGAGCCGAUGGUCUAUUGGAAAGAGCUUUUCUAUUUGCACAUGAGUAUUAUUUGCGUACACACUACUCUCUCCGAACCCUACCGUGGGAUUACACUGAGGAUGGGGUGGUUUGUUUUUUUUUCUUUUUCUUUUGGGUUCCCUUUCUCUUUUUAUUAUUUUAACUUUUUUUACUUUUUUUUUUUUUUGGGGAUUUGAUUUUUGAAAGAAGCACGCAACCUGCGGUUGAAAUGCUUGUAACACUAUUGUACUAUCUAUCCUUUGCAAUGCAAAUGAUGAAUGGUCAAGAAAAGUCUUUGUGAUCAUAAAUAUUGCCAUUUCUCUCAAACAAAAUUUUGAUGUUUCUUCCAUUUUUGUCAGCUAUACUACUGACAAAAGAACCAAGUUGAUAAAAACUUGUGGCCCUUGA